AUGGAGCUGAAUUAGAAAGAUGCAUUGAAUAAUUAAUAAAAGUUGAUAGAGAUUGGAUUCCAGAUAGACCAAGAUUUAGUUGUUAUAUUAAACUAACUUUGAUAGCUACAGAAGAAGCAUUAAGUGUUUGAGCUUCAAGUAGAGCUAAACUAUUUGUUUUUUUAUGUCCUGUCGGUCCAUAUUUCUCAUUUGGACUUAAACCUUUUAGAGUAUUCUGUAAUACAUCAACUGUAUUUAUAAUUUAUAUAAAGAUUUGAUCAGCACCAGGAUGUGUUAGAAGCUUUAAAGUUGAUGAUAAUUAUGCUCCUACUUUCUACCAUUAAAAGAAAUAUAUAAAAUAGGAUUUCAUUAUAAUUUGUGGAUGUUACCUGA